AGAGACUUUACGUCAGUUCGACAAGAAUGAGGUUUUUCAAACUUACCAUCUUGUUACUUACCGUCUUAGUGAUUCUCUCUGCUGUGGAUGUUGGUGAAUGCGGAUUUCUCGAUUUUAUAAAGAAAAUUGGAAGAGGACUCAAAAAAGUUGCGAAAGGGAUUGGAAAAGCAGUUCUAGGAGUUGGAAAAGUAGUCGUAAAAGUCGCUCCAGUUGUCGCCAUGGUUGCAUGAGGACAUUGAUAUUUCGUGCUUGGCUGUCGAUAAAU